UAGGAAGCAGAAGAGGCGAGCUUGAAGGAUUAUGUGGACAUAUAGGUGAGCGAAAGCAGCUGCUUUCGAAUAAUUUGUUUUGGGGUUUAUGCACUCGAGCCUCUUUAAAAUGGAAGGCUGACAACUUGAACGGAAGUCGGGGUAAUUUACUGCACUUGUACGUAUUAAAAACUGAGCCACAAUGAUGUCAGAAUGCGACCCGACGGAGACAGAGACAGAGACAGAGACAGAGACCAGCGAGCCCGCGUUGGCCACCGGAGCAACAGCAGUAUCUGUGCUGGAGUCUAACUUUCACUCCACGGACCCUCCGAAGGUAUUAUAUGACAGGAGCCGUGUGGGUUUGGGGCUUUCGGCGAACCCCGGAGUCGCCGUUCGCAUUUCGGACUCUUGUGAAAGCGUCUUGACCGAGCUGGAGACGGAUGGCUCCGGCGAAGAGGCGCUGUUGUUACCGUGCUUAGCUGGAGGCUCGUCGUCUCCGCGGGGUGUGCGAGAGAAGCGGAGCAGGCGGAACAGGCACAGCUCGUCGUCGGAUAAAGACACCUUGGCCUCCCCAGGUACCAACAGUGGGGACUUCAACCAUUUCCCUGACGAUCCUGAGUUUUCAGAUAUUAUCCAAAGGGCGGAACAAGCUAUCGAGAACGGGGUCUUUCCAGAGAGAAUUUCACAGGGUUCCAGUGGGAGCUACUUUGUCAAAGACCCAAAAGGGAAAAUCAUUGGUGUUUUCAAACCAAAGUCAGAGGAACCUUACGGUCACCUGAACCCCAAAUGGACCAAAUAUUUUCACAAGCUGUGCUGUCCGUGUUGUUUUGGCCGAGGCUGCUUGUUGCCUAACCAGGGUUACCUCUCAGAGGCUGCUGCCUCACUGGUUGAUACCAAGCUCGGCCUGGGAGUCGUGCCAAAAACCAAGGUGGUGUAUCUGGCCAGUGAGACAUUCCAUUACAGCGCCAUCGACAGGGCAAAGUCCAGGGGGAAGAAGUACGCCUUAGAGAAAGUCCCCAAGGUGGGACGACGCUUCCACAGAGUGGGGCUGCCACCCAAGGUGGGCUCGUUUCAACUGUUUGUGGAGGGUUACCGUGAAGCGGACUACUGGCUGCGGCGCUUUGAGGCAGAACCGCUGCCAGAGAACAUCAGGAAGCAGCUGCAGUCACAGUUUGAGCGGCUUGUGGUGUUAGACUACGUUAUAAGAAACACAGAUCGAGGGAAUGACAACUGGUUAAUCAAGUAUGAGAAGCCAGGAGAAGAAGGAGAAGGAGACAGACAAAAGGAUUCAGAGUGGCCAGAGAACUGUCCAGACUCUUCCAUUAAAAUUGCAGCAAUUGACAACGGCCUGGCCUUCCCCUUUAAACACCCGGACGAAUGGAGAGCCUACCCGUUCCACUGGGCAUGGCUCCCCCAGGCUAAGGUGGCCUUCUCCCAGGAGACCAGAGACCUGGUGCUGUCGCGCCUCUCUGACAUGAACUUUGUCCAGGACCUCUGUGAGGACCUCUAUGAGAUGUUCAAGACGGACAAAGGCUUUGACAAAACCAUGUUUGAGAGACAGAUGUCUGUUAUGAGGGGACAGGUGUUGAACCUGACCCAGGCGUUGAAGGACGGGAAGAGUCCCAUCCAGCUGGUGCAGAUGCCCCGGGUCGUGGUGGAGCGCAGCCGUUCAGGCGGCCAGGGACGUGUGGUCACACUGGGAAACGCCUUCACGCAAACCUUCCACUGCAAGCGGCCCUUUUUCUCCUCUUGGUAAUCAGAAAGGGAUGAGGAGGGGAGCUGAGGAGAGAAUCUGCAACAGCUGUUUUUCUGUCCUGAAGUCAGUCCAGAGGCGAGGAAGGAUGUAAUGAGGGAGGACAUGAGAAAAUCACACUGGAAACUGCUCAAAUUUGAAGAGGAAGACAUGAGGGUAGAAUGUGAGAUGAGGAAUGGUUUGUGAAGAAAUUGGGCUUGGGCCCAUUCCUCAUUUUGUGAAGAGAGCACAGAAAAGCAUGGGAGCUAGAGAGAUUGGCAUACCAGUGUCUUUUAGAGACCUUGGGGCUCUUUGUGGUUACCAUGGUGACCUGAUUGGAUAAUCGGCUUUUCCACAGAGGUGGGCUUUGUUUAUUGUUAGGAGGCAGAAAGGAGGGAUUUUUUUUU